UUAUUAUCGGAACUCUCCUUUUUUUUUUUUUGUGAGUAGUAGCCGUAUCUGGUCUCCAAUGCUCUGUAAAGCUUCAUUGGGAAUGGCUUCCAUCCCUUGUUCUAGGGUGAGGAAGGGGCCUUGUUUAUGGCCAGGCAUGAACCAGUACUUCUCUAGAAAAAGUCUUGUAUACGGAUUCAGGACCCUCUUGUCAAUGCCAUUGAAAACCUUGCGGGGAGGUAGUCAUUCUCUUGGAGUUUUAUGUAGCAUUUCCAGUAUGGCUUCCACAUUGCAAAUUGAACUGGUACCUUGCCUCAAGGACAAUUAUGCCUAUCUUUUGCAUGAUAUAGAUACAGGAACAGUUGGAGUUGUAGAUCCUUCUGAAGCUGUACCUGUAAUAGAUGCAUUGAGUAGGAAAAAUCGAAACCUGACCUACAUACUCAACACUCAUCAUCAUUCUGAUCAUACUGGUGGGAACACAGUGCUAAAAGCAAGGUAUGGUGCAAAGGUAAUUGGCUCCAGCAUAGACAAGGAUAGAAUUCCUGGCAUUGAUAUAGCUCUGAACGAUGGGGACAAGUGGAUGUUUGCAGGCCAUGAAGUGCUUGUAAUGGAAACCCCUGGUCAUACAAGAGGCCAUAUUAGCUACCACUUUCCAGGAUCUGGGGCUAUUUUCACAGGAGAUACUUUGUUCAGCUUGUCAUGUGGAAAGCUUUUUGAAGGAACGCCUGAGCAGAUGCUUUCAUCACUUAAAAGAAUAAUGGCUUUGCCAGAUGAGACAAAUAUAUAUUGUGGCCAUGAAUAUACCUUGAGCAACUCAAAGUUUGCAUUGUCUAUUGAACCUAAGAAUGAGACACUCCAAUCAUAUGCUGCUCAUGUAGCUCAUCUCCGCAGCAAGGGCUUGCCAACGAUCCCUACAACGCUUAAAGUGGAGAAGUCAUGUAAUCCAUUCCUUCGUACAUCAAACAUGGAAAUCCGCCAAGCAUUAAAUAUCCCAGCUACUGCAAAUGAUGCUGAAGCAUUAAGUGUCAUCCGGAGAGCAAAAGAUAAUUGCUUAAUCGUGAUGACCAGCAUAGUUGCAUGUAAUUCGUGGAUCAAACACGUUUCGUUUCCUCUGAAGCUGUCGAUUAUCCACGGAUUUGCAUGAGCGUGACGGGAGAUGUUCCCAAUGCACGCUGGAUGUACAUGUGGGGCACCUGUGGAGUGUGCUCUGUGGGCGCCAAUGUGAACUCAAGACGCAAACAGGAUGGGAGAACUAAGAGCUUGUCGAAUUUAUACUUACAUACAUGGUCGGUUAUAAUGCCAGGAAAUUCAAAUCGACAAGAUACAUCAACAACAGUAAUUAUUUUAGUUGAUAACUUCAUAACUUUGCUAUUAAAAGAAAAACAAGGUGUACAACAUGUACUUGGA